AUCAUGGGAGAAGGGCGGAACAUUGGAGCGGUUUCCGGAAUCCCUUUCCUGUUCUGGGAUAGAAAGAAGAGCGAAAAUACUUCAGUUUCUUUUCAUUUCAUACGUUACACACAGGUGCCGACCAGCAGCAGUGACCAUGUCUCAGUCUGGAGAGAAAGGGAAGUUUCCAGAGGCGGCGGGAUAUGUGGGGUUUGCCAACCUCCCAAACCAGGUGCACAGGAAGUCAGUGAAGAAGGGGUUUGAGUUCACCCUCAUGGUCGUUGGAGAGUCUGGUUUGGGCAAGUCUACGCUGAUCAACAGCCUGUUUCUGACAGACCUCUACCCAGAGAGAUACAUCCCUGGGGCUGCAGAGAAGAUCGAGAGGACGGUGCAGAUAGAAGCCAGUACGGUGGAGAUUGAGGAGAGAGGAGUGAAGCUCCGCCUUACCGUGGUCGACACCCCCGGAUAUGGAGAUGCCAUCAACAGCCAGGACUGCUUUAAAACAAUCAUCCAGUACAUUGAUAACCAGUUUGAGCGCUACCUCCAUGAUGAGAGUGGUCUGAACCGCAGACACAUCGUAGACAACCGGGUCCAUUGCUGCUUCUACUUCAUCUCCCCAUUUGGUCAUGGUCUGAAGCCUCUGGAUGUGGAGUUUAUGAAGGCAAUCCAUAGCAAGGUCAACAUUGUCCCUGUCAUCGCCAAGGCUGAUACACUCACCUUGAAAGAAAGAGACCGCCUUAAGAGGAGGAUCCUGGAUGAAAUUGCAGAGCAUGGCAUCAGGAUCUACCAGCUGCCUGACGCCGACUCUGAUGAGGACGAGGAGUUCAAGGAGCAGACACGAGUGCUGAAGGCAAGCAUUCCGUUUGCUGUGAUUGGUUCAAACCAGCUAAUUGAAGUGAAAGGGAAGAAGAUCAGAGGUCGUCUCUAUCCCUGGGGGGUCGUGGAGGUGGAGAACCCCGAGCACAAUGACUUCCUCAAACUACGCACCAUGCUUGUCACCCACAUGCAGGACCUCCAAGAGGUCACCCAAGACCUGCACUACGAAAACUUCCGCUCAGAGAGACUGAAGAGAGCUGGCAGAGCUGUGGAGGAGGACGUGUUGGACAAAGACCAGAUUCUCCUGCAGAAGGAGGCUGAGCUGAGGCGAAUGCAGGAGAUGAUUACCAAGAUGCAGGCGCAGAUGAAGAUGAAGGGAGAUGAGUGACGAGGCAUCCACUUCUAUUCCUCUGAGUGUCAACCAAAUCAUCCAACACAUUUGAUUUGGGUUUCCUCACUAACCUUGUUUUAACUCUUAAGUUUCCAAAAUUGACCCUAUUCCACCAUGGUACGUAGAUCCUAUAAUCCACUAUUCUGAGGCCUCCAUUCAAUAGGAUGGAACCUUAACCCCUUUGUUUUGGUGCUGUUGGAGGUGCAGCUUCUGUAUGAGCUGACAUUGGUGAGUGCCUGCUUGAAUGUCUAAAACCACUCUCUUUGCAUUUCCCACCACAUAAGACGUUCAUAACGUAAGGAGUGCAGGCUCUCGAUAAUAUAAAUAAUUGCAGGCUUAUGCAUGGUCUCAUGCUCAUUCAGACGACGAUAGGCACUCGGUUUCAUUGAGACAGUAAAUAGAACACCACAAACACACAAGUGUUUGAACAUGUAGCCCAACCGCAUGAACUUUAGGUUUGUCAUGUAUGUUGUUAGCCUCUGAAACAACUGCUAUGUGGACGAAGCCUUGUACCCAACUGAUAGAAUCAAGUGUUGACGAGCAACUGUAGUAGUACCACCUUUUACCCUUCGGUGUUUUCCUUCACUGCGUAAUGUAAUGAAAUGUAAAGUUGAGACAUACUGUACAGACCACUGUUCCAGCACGUCUCUCGAUAGGCGGCUAAUAAUGGUGUUCAUUCGUCAGCACUAGGAAUUCUGUCUCAUGUAUAUAAUGCAGGUCUUCCAUUGACAAGGGUACUAAUGCAGGUCAGUGGUUAGACAAUGUUUUUUGGUUGCAAAAUGUUAGGGGAAUGUUUAAAG